AGCCAUUUUUGCUGUCUUUUGGUUACUAUUUGAAUGAAAUCUGUUUUCAGUCUUUUCCAUUUCAACUGCUUUGUGCCUUUGGAUUGCAAACAAGGCUUGUGUAGACAGCAUAUAAUUGGAUCAUGUGUUUUUUUUUAUUUUGCCAAAAUUGGAGCAUUUAAUCCAUUGACAUUUGGUGUUACAAGCCAAAAUUACAGUAAUGGUAGCUUUUUAUAUUAAUAACUUGUUAAAAGUUCAUCUCUCAGAUACAAAAAGUACAGUUACAAACUGCUGUUACAGUAAUACUAACUUUCAUCAUUAUCCAUGUGUAUCUUUCAUAUUCAUGUGGCUUUGAGUUACUGUCUAGUAUUCCUUCAUUUCUUUCAUUUGUAGGACCUCCUUGAAUUGCAGGCCAGGUCUAGUGAUCUUGAACUCCAUCAGCUUUUGCUUAUCUGGAAAUAUCUUAACUUCUCUCUCACUUUUGAAGGACAGUUUUGCUAAAUAUAGAUUCUUGGUUGACAGAUUUUGUCUUUUAGUACUUUGAACAUAUCUGCCCAUUUAUCUUUUGGCCUCCAAAGUUUCUGAUGUGAAAUCCACCAGUAAACUUACUGAGGAUCACUUGUAUGUGAUGAUUCACUUCUCUUGUUUUCAAAAUUCUUCUUUAUCUUUUUGGAAGUUUGACAAUAAUAUGUCUCUGAGUUCAUCUUUUUUGGAGCUCGUUAGAUGUGUAUGUCUCUCAUAACAUUUGGGAAGUUUUCAGCCAUUAUUUCUGUGCCCUUUUCUUUGUUUCUUACUCAUCCAGGACUCCCAUGAUAUGAAUGUUGGUCUGUUUGAUGUCCCACAGGUCCCUUAAGUGCUGUUUAUGUUUCUUCAAUCUUUCUGUUCUUCAGGCCUAAUAAUUUUCUUUGUUUUAAUUUCAAGUUUGCUGAAUCUUUUUUCUACCUAUCCAGGUCUGCCUUCAAAUCUCUCUAAUGAAUUCUCAGUUUCAGUUAUACUUUUCAGUUCCAGAAUUUCUUUAUGAUUGCUUCUUAGGUUUUCUGUUGCUCUACAGUUCCAUUUUGUUAACAUGAAUGACUGUACACAUCUUCCUUUAGUUCUUUGAGUAUCUUUAAGACAGUUGUUUUAAAAUCUUUGAAAGAGAGCUAAUGGAAUUUUUUCCAGACAGAGACAGUUUGUGAUGAUUUAUUUUUUCCCUUGAAUAGGCCAUACUUCCCUAUUUCUUUGUAUGCCUUAUGAUUUUUUUGGUUAUUGAAUCUAACAAUGUGAUAACCCUAGAAACCAGAUCUUCCCUAUUCCUUAAGAUUUGUUGUUUUUUGUUAUUGUUUGGCCUUUUGUCAUUGUUGUAGGCUGCCUCUACACUGAAGAUCACCCUGAGGUAUAAACAUAAAGUCUUCUCAGGUUAUUUUCUGAGCAUUUUCCUGGGUGUGCAUGGUCACUUUAUAAUUUUCUAUGCAUAUGCAGUUGUUUUUUAGUGCCUUAGUCUUUAGUAUUUUGCUUGUAAAGGGGAGAAAAGCAGAAAAUGAAGGGGUGAAGGGCACCAGCCUUUAAAAUCUCCUGGAAUUCACUUCAGAUGAGAGGGAGGGACUUGAAACAAUGGGAGAAGGUGGAAUAGCAAUGGUGGCCUACCCUUUGUCUGCACCUCUGUGAUCAGAAAUAGCUGGCAACAAUCAGAGGAGAGAUCCCUCAUUUCGGAGGACAGAGUCCUUUUUGCCUGCUGUGGCUUCUGCAAACUCUGCAAGCUGCUCAGGGACAGCUGCUUACCACUUGGCUGAGGGUGGGCAGCUGCUACUGUACAGAGAGCUGAAAUUGACCAAAGUUAAUUGUAACUUACUUCGUCCUCUCUGGAAGUUGUAAGCCUUCAGCAGACUUCAGAGCUCCACAGUAGUUACAUCAGGCGGAUUCUGCUGGUGCAGUAGUUGUCUAUGUGGGAGACAGAUUGCUUGUGCUUCUGCUCUACCAUCGUCCCAUAAUUUUCCAAUUAGAUUUUAAAAGAGUCCCUUCACUGAUACAAAAUAAUUAGCUGAGGUGGUUAACAUAACAUUUAGUGUAAAAAUAUAAAGUCACUUGCUCUUUUUUCAGCAGUGAUUUAUAUGGUCAUAUUACAUAUUAUAUUGUAAACUAUAAUUUUUAGUGAUCAUUUUGAGGGGUUGUUUUUUAUGUGUGUUCUGUUAUUUCUUUAAAUCUCAGCAAACUGGACAUUUGAGUAGGUUUUGAGAAAUGUCUGCAGUUUAGUGGACUGCAUCUACCUUCUGCCUUCUCCCCAUCCUUACAAAAGUAAAUGGGAUGUUUCAGAAGAGAGCUGUAUUAAAAGAAGUGUGUUGCAAAUGGCUUCAGAAGCUGUGAAUGCAAAACAGGCUAGGAAUCGCUUCACAAAGGGGAAAAGACAACAGCAAAUAAAGAACAGAUCUUCACUUGGUGAUGGCGAUGCAGAAGACUCCUUUCUCUUUGAAGCAAAUGAAGCUUGGAAAGAUUUUCAUGGUUCUCUUCUUCAGUUUUAUGAAAAUGGAGAACUCUGUGAUGUCACACUGAAGGUUGGCUCAAAGCUAAUUUCCUGUCACAAACUGGCAUUGGCUUGUGUUAUUCCCUACUUCAAAGCCAUGUUUCUCUCUGAAAUGGCUGAAGCCAAGCAAACACUGAUUGAAAUAAGAGAUUUUGAUGGUGAUGCAAUAGAAGACUUGGUAAAGUUUGUCUAUUCUUCACGGCUCACUUUGACAGUUGACAAUGUCCAGCCUCUCUUAUAUGCAGCCUGUAUUCUACAGGUUGAACUGGUGGCUAGAGCUUGUUGUGAAUACAUGAAGUUACAUUUUCAUCCCUCCAACUGUCUGGCGGUAAGAGCCUUUGCAGAAAGUCACAAUCGAAUAGACUUAAUGGACAUGGCGGAUCAGUAUGCCUGUGAGCAUUUUACUGAAGUGGUGGAGUGUGAAGACUUCGUGAGUGUGUCGCCUCAGCAUCUCCAUAAGCUUUUGUCCUCCAGUGACCUAAACAUUGAGAAUGAAAAGCAGGUCUAUAGUGCUGCUAUCAAGUGGCUUCUUGCCAAUCCUCAGCAUCAUCCCAAGUGGUUGGAUGAAACACUUGCACAGGUUCGUUUGCCGCUGUUGCCAGUUGACUUUCUCAUGGGUGUUGUGGCAAAAGAACAGAUUGUCAAACAAAAUCUAAAAUGUAGAGAUUUAUUAGAUGAAGCAAGAAAUUACCACCUUCACUUGAGUAGCAGAGCAGUACCUGACUUCGAAUACUCUAUUCGGACUACCCCAAGGAAACAUACUGCUGGUGUGCUGUUUUGUGUAGGUGGUCGAGGUGGAUCAGGUGACCCCUUCCGCAGUAUUGAAUGCUAUUCUAUCAACAAAAACAGUUGGUUCUUUGGACCAGAAAUGAACAGUCGAAGGCGACAUGUGGGUGUAAUCUCAGUGGAAGGUAAAGUGUAUGCAGUGGGUGGACAUGAUGGCAAUGAACAUUUAGGUAGCAUGGAGAUGUUUGAUCCUCUCACUAAUAAAUGGAUGAUGAAGGCAUCAAUGAACACAAAGAGGCGAGGAAUUGCCUUGGCUUCCUUGGGAGGCCCAAUUUAUGCCAUUGGAGGGUUAGAUGACAACACUUGCUUCAAUGAUGUGGAGAGAUAUGACAUAGAAUCUGACCAGUGGAGUACAGUGGCACCCAUGAAUACCCCCCGUGGAGGCGUUGGCUCCGUGGCUCUCGUGAACCAUGUUUAUGCAGUAGGUGGCAAUGAUGGAGUAGCUUCUCUGUCUAGUGUGGAGAGGUAUGAUCCACAUCUCGAUAAGUGGAUAGAAGUUAAAGAGAUGGGUCAGCGAAGAGCAGGCAAUGGAGUUAGUGAGCUCCAUGGUUGCUUAUACGUUGUUGGUGGUUUUGAUGAUAAUUCUCCUCUGAGUUCUGUUGAACGGUAUGACCCUCGAAGCAACAAAUGGGAUUACGUAGCAGCCCUUACCACUCCCAGGGGUGGAGUAGGGAUUGCAACAGUGAUGGGCAAAAUCUUUGCAGUUGGUGGCCAUAAUGGAAAUGCAUAUCUAAAUACAGUGGAAGCAUUUGAUCCAGUGCUGAAUAGGUGGGAGCUUGUUGGAUCUGUGUCUCACUGCAGAGCUGGAGCAGGUGUAGCUGUAUGUGCCUGUUUAACUAGCCAAAUCCGAGAUGUAGGUCACGGAUCCAGCAAUGUGGUUGACUGUAUGUGACUUGAGUUCGAGUCACCAACAGUUUAGUCUUAUCUGACUGGCAAGAAAGACAAGGAGGAUUUUGUAAUGGCCACCUUUGAGCAGUUUUAACUAUUACUAGAGUGUCAUGUAAAUGUAAACUGUUGUAUGUGACUGAGUGCAACUUUUGGAAUGGUAGCUGAAGAAUUACUAGUAAUAAAGUUAAUAUUUCCCACUUUAACAAAUAAUUAAGUAGGGAAAGAAGACAGUCUAAGCUGAAACCUCCUCCAAAAAAAAAAAAAGAAACGUUUAACAGAGUGGAGUGCCAGAACCUUGAAAUUAACUUUUUUUUUUUUAAGUGUGGAUGAAUGAAAAUGCAAAAUGAAGUCACUUGCUGAGCUUUACCUUUUGCCUAAAGGCGUUGACCUUAGGCAUUGGAUUUUCCCUCUGGGGAGGUAAGAACCUGUUCAUCAACUCAGAGAUACCAGGACUCCUAACAGACCUGCUCCAUUUGAAGAUCAUUUCUCCUUGGUGCUGAUGAAUUUAUGCCUUGCUUUCUUCUAGGUGUUGAUUUGUCAAUUCCUUGGAUAUUUACAGAAGUAGGAAAAAUAUUUCAUCUUUCUGAGUGUCCCUGGGCUGUGUUUUCAGAAGCCUAUAGGAUUAUAGGCUUCAUUUCAGUUUGAAUUGUUAGGACACCAAAAGAUCUAAAUGAACAGUUCCAUCUGAAUGAAUCUACACUUAUUUUUUCAUGUGAAAGGGGUUUUGUUUCAUAGUAAUAAAAAUGGAAUCACAUGAGAUUAUUAGAGGAGAAAGCUUUAGAGUCAGCAUUAUUCUAGUGCCCACUUGAGACCUUGAUUGAAUGGGAGUGGUGUCCAUUAUGCGACUCCCUAAUGAUGCAACUCCGAGAAUGUGUUUAACACUCUUUGAUUUAACUAUUUCAUUCUGAAUCUGAGAUUUAUUAUCCUUCUAUUUUGCUAUUUGCCACCAUCAUAGUUUUUCUAACUGUACAGAAUCUGGAUUUAUUUAUUAUGAGAAAUUGAAUUCAUUUCUACAAAAGCCCUUUACAGACUUUAGUUGAACUGUUGAUUAGUUCAUAUCCAUCUUUACCAAUAAAAGAUAAUUGUAAAAGCAAAGGAAGAUAAAACUUUUUCUCUUGUUACAUUUCUCUCCAGUGUACUUACUGAAUUUUAAUUGAAAAUAUUUCUGUACAUUGCUUUGAAGGCAGGCUGUUUAUACACCUGUUGAUCUAACAGCUCUUCAUGGUUUUACCAGCAUUAUAAAGUGACUUACUCAUUAUAUGUAUAUAUUUUUAUAAAUAUUUAUGAAGGAUAUUAAAUUAUUCUAUUUUGUAUUUGCAGUGCAGUUUGGUACUUCUCUUCCAGACGUUCUUGAAUUCUCCUUUAGUUAUGCCUUAGAAUUUAGUAUAGUUUAUUGAUGUCAGUCAUCUUUUUCAUGAAGAAGCUAGGGCAAUGCAGAACACUGCUCCAUCCACCCAGUCCUGAAGUUAACUGCCUAGUAGCUGUGAUGGGCCUUGUUAAAUGACAGCCUAGACUUGUCAGUACAGCAAGGCAAAAAGCCACAUUACAAAAGCUAGUGCUUUGUGUAUAUUCAAUCAAAAAAAUAAGGUAAAGAAAAUAUAAAAGAGAACUCAGCUAGCAGAAAAAGGUCUUUCAUGAAGCCAACCUAAAUGUUCCUAAAUUAUGGCAAUUUUUGCUGUCAGCCUGUGGGCAAGUCCAUAAGUCAUUGCUGAAUCUGAACUGAUGUUCUCUUGUACAACUGUAACCGUAUUUCAGUCAACCCCCAAAGCAGAUAACUCUGUAGCACUCACUGGACUGGCUACAACUGGCUGCAUGUGGAGAGUAAGGCUCAAAACCUGGCUUCAGCUCUUUCCCAGGUCUAAUGGACUUCCUGUAUUAUAAUACUUGUCUAGGGAUGGUUGCCUAAUGUCAUAUUUAUUUUGGGAGGUGGAUCUUUUAUUCUUUCUAAGGUUAUUUAAAAAAUGUUUUUUCUUUUAUUUCUGCCUUUGUCAUGAGUAUAGCAUUUGAGAGCAUGAAGGUGUUAUAUUUCCAUUACUAGUUUUAUAAGUAUUGGAGUCAUCUAACAUUACUAAGUUGGUACUCUAGCUACCCAUAAAAUAUGAACUACUCCUAAGGGAAGUAAUGUGAAGUAAACCACACAUGGCUAACUGUUACAUUAUGUACAGGCCAUCAGAAGUACAGCCCUGAAGGACCUGACAAUAGUAUGAAAAGAUUAAAGUGGAUUCAGUAUGCAGUCUCUUUAUUAAAAACAUUUUUUGAGAUAUGAAGUGUGAAUCAUGUUGAAGGAAUUCUGUGUUUGAAAGGUGAUUAUACUGAUGGGAAUAGAAGGAUGAAAUACUCAAAGAUGGCUACUAAGUUGUGAGGCCUGUCACUUUAACUUCGGAUGUUAAUACCAUCUACCAAAAAGACGUAAAAGAGAGCUAAAAUUCUAAAUUAUAAAUGGAAAACAAGAAAAAGUAAAAAUUGGCACAUUUAAGAAAUAUUUCUAGGUGCUUUUGAGUGAUUCUCCCAUACUGUCAUUAAAGCUGCUGCAUUUACCUGUGUUGUACUGCCACUUUAAAAAUAAAUUACUUGGUAAUGUUUUUGCUUAA